CUAUCAUUACCCUCGUUCCUUGGGAGCGACAAAAUGGACUGGAUAAUUAGUGCUACAUUAUUCUUGUCAGUGUUAAAUGCUGCACUUUGUUUCAAUAUUGAUCCUGUGGCUUGGAAGACCCUCAGUAACUCUGCUGCUGGUUUUGGCUACCAGGUGGUUCAAAGACAAUCAGAUUUGCUCAUCAGUGCUCCACUGGAACAGUAUUCACAAAAUGGAAGGGGAGAAAUAUUUAGGUGCAGCACCUCUGCCCAAAACUGCCAAAAUAUACAAUUGCAAGCACCAGGUUUUGCAGUCAACAUGUCCCUUGGUUUGACAAUGAAAAGUGAUCCCACAGCACAAAACACUGUGGUGUGUGGUCCAACCAUUCCAAAGGACUGCAAAAGUAUCACCAUGUACAAUGGUGUGUGCUUUCAGAUAGACCCUUCUAAUACAUUUGGACCACCUGUACCUUCUUCCCUUGAAGUGUGCCCGCCGCAAGUAGACAUUGCCUUUCUGUUGGAUGGUUCAGGAAGUGUAUCUAGUGGAGACUUUCGGAAAAUGAAGAAGUUUGUGAAAGAUCUAAUCCAGUCAUUUCUCUCAAUUGAUGCACAGUUUUCUGUUUCCCAGUUCUCAGGUUCACCGCAGGUUCAUUUCUAUUUUAAGAAAUUUUCCUCAUCUGGAUCAAUUGAGACUGACAUUGAUGGAAUAUCUCAGCAAAGGGGAGCCACUUACACUGCUAAGGCCAUCAGACAUCUUGUGGAAAAUGUUUUCACAUCACACGGAAGGUCCAGACCGAAUGUGAAGAAGGUCUUGAUAGUAAUUACUGAUGGAGAAUCUAAUGACAGGAGUGAUCUGGGAGGUUCAGUGCAGCUUGCAAAGAAUAAAAACAUUGUUCGAUUUGCUAUUGGUGUGGGAAACGCAUUUACUCAGUACGCAGCAAAACAAGAACUGGACACCAUUGCAUCGUCUCCUUCAGACAAACAUGUGUUUCAAGUGAAGAACUUCAAUGCACUUGAAAUAAUAAGACAGAAUCUGCAGGAAAAAAUUUUUUCAGUUGAAGGAUCUCAAACCAGUGGAGAGACACUGAAAAUGGAAAUGUCUCAAGAGGGAUUCAGUGCAGUUUAUGUGCCUGAGGGAAUUCAGAUGUCUAUUGUUGGUGCAAACCAGUGGAAGGGAGGCUACGUCCAAUACACAACAGGAGGCCAGAAGCUGAAAACAUAUGAGGAUGUGUCUUUGGAGCCUGACAGUUAUCUUGGUUACUCCAUGGCAAUUGCUAAAACCCAAACUGGUUCACUGACAAUUGUUGGUGCUCCAAGAUAUAAACACAGAGGAGUUGUGGUCGCUGUUAACAGACAAAGCUUUGAAACCCAAAAGAUUGAGCCCUUUUCAUCACAGUAUCAGACUGGUGAAUAUUUCGGGGCAGAGGUGUGUGCCAUGGACAUAAAUAAUGAUGACAUCACUGAUCUAAUCUUCAUAUCAGCCCCAAUGUACAUGGAGCCUGAUAGAGAGGGAAGAGUUUAUGUUUGCAGAUUAACUGAUUUGUUUGUGGAGUGUAAUUUUGAUGAUCCGUUAGUACUAAGAGGACAGGCAGCUGUCAAAGGAAGGUUCGGCUCUUCUCUUGCUGUACUGCCUGAUCUAAACUCAGAUGGAUUCAGGGAUUUGGCAGUUGGAGCACCUUUGGAGAAUAAUGGUGAAGGCAGCAUCUACAUAUUCCACGGUGAAGGAGGAGGAAGAAUCAGUCCUACUUACUCACAGAGAAUUACUGGCUCUGAGGUCCAGUCAGGACUGAAGUUCUUCGGUCUAUCGAUCAGUCAGUCGUCUUUUGACCAGAGUGGUGAUCAACUGCCUGACUUAGCGGUGGGUUCAAAGGGCACAGUUGUUUUACUGAGAUCAAGACCCAUAGUAAUGGUGAAAGCUGAGGUGUCAUUCAGCCCAGUCCAAAUCCCUACACAGAAUGUAGACUGCUCAAAACCAUUGGAGAACACAGCUAACAUCUGCUUUACUAUGAGUUCAAUAUCUACAGUCAACACAGAGUUUGAUGCUCAAGCAAGCAUUCAUUAUACUUUAACACCGGAUGCCACUCGCAAACCUCCAAACAACCGAGCUUAUGUCAGUGGGAAACAACGAGAGGAGUCCAGCUCAGUUACAGUUGAAUUAAUUGGCAAACUGUGCUCAACCGUCACAUUCUUCAUUGAGGCCUGUCCAGAGGAUGCACUCAAUGCACUUUCCAAUGAGCUGAAAUUUACAUUUGAUGGUUUACCCUCAACCACACAACUCAGACCAAGUCUCGCCCCACAGGCUCAAACAACAACCAUUUAUCCUUUAGAGUUUGAGAUCAACUGUGGCUCUGACAACAAAUGUGUUGACCACCUGAAAGUGGAUUUCAACUUUACCAGAUCUUCAGUGGUUAAAGUGGGCAUUGAUGAGCUUUUGCAUGUCACAGUCACAGUGGAGAACAGAGGAGAAAACUCCUACAACAGUCGUGUUAUUCUCACGUACCCAGCUGGACUCUCCUACAGGAAGUUCACCAUUCAGCAGGGAAGAAUUGAGUGCAACUCCUUGGACAGUGAAGAUGGUUUAUCACGAGGAAGGACAGACUGCACAAUUGACAAGCCAAUUUUCAAGAGCAAAACUAAGGCUUUCUUCAUUGUCUCCUAUGGGAUUGACACAAACAGUCAACUUGAGAGGGAGAUCUUUGUUACUGCAAAUGCCACCAGUGGAAAUCAGGAGCAUGCCACUACAAGUGACCUCUACAGAAAGAAAUCGAUUGAUGUGAAAUACAGCAUUUUUAUGACAUUUGAAAGCUCCCUCAGCUACAACAAUUUCACAUUUGGGAUGAAUGAUUUGCAGAAACCAGUCCAACAAUCAGUCAAGGUUACAAAUGAUAUCAGAGCACUUAAUUUCACUGUGGUGAUCAGGGUUCCUGUAAAGCUUGGUGAAAAAGACAUUUGGGUGAAUUUGAGCAGCCUACAGAUUUCAGACUGUCAAAGUAAAAAUGACGAAGCACCAAGUGUCAAAGAUUUUGUUCCAAAGAUACAAAAGGAUAAAGUGGUGGACUGCUCUGUAGCCAUGUGCAGGGUGUUCAAGUGCAACACAUUCAUGGGAAGACUGCAGAGUAGGACAUAUGAAAUCUCUGCCAACCUCAGUUCAGGAUGGAUAGAGCAGAUUGGACUUCAGUCUGCCAAAUUCCUUUUGAUCAGCACAGCCAGUCUGGAGUAUGACAAAAACCAGUACAUCUACUUUUCAACAGGGUCUGAUAACAAUUCUCCUGUUCGCAAGAUUGAGGCAGAAGUAGAAGUGUAUCCUCCACCAGAUUUCACCAAAGCGAUCGUUGGAGGAUCCCUGGGAGGGUUGGCUUUUCUGGCUUUACUCACUGCUGGCCUGUAUAAGGCUGGAUUUUUCAAGAGUAAAUACAAACAGAUGAUAAGUGAAAAACCACAAGAGGUACCAGUUCCAGAGAUGGAUGCAGGAGCACCCCUAACAGAAUAAUAAAGAUCACAUUGGUAGUUGCAUCUAUAUGAAAGCUAUAGACCCUCCUGAUAUUUUUAGGAGUGAACAUGGUGUGUAGAAAUGUCGAUACUAGAAGAUCUGAUUCAUGAAAGAAAAACCAGCUGGCUGUCUAAAAUCACUCCCUCAAUUGUUUAUUAUUACACUAUAUUGCCAAAAGUAUUGACUGAUCUGCCUUCACACACAUAUGAACUUGAGUGAAAUGCCAUUCUUAAUCCAUUGAGUUUUAUAUGAUGUUGAUCAACCCUCUGCAGCUAUAACAGCUUAAAUCUUCUGGGAAGACUUUCUAUAAGGUUUAGAAGUGUGUUAGGGGAAUUUUUGACCAUUCUUCCAGAAGAGCAUUUCUGAGGUCAGACAUGAAUGCUGGAAGAGAAGGCCUAGCUUGCAGUCUGUUCUCUAAUUCAUCCAUCAUAGAUCAGGACUCUGUGCAGUCAAGUUCUCCCACGACAAACUCAAACUGUCUUUAUGGACAUUGCAUUGUGCACUGGUGUGCAGUUAUGUUGGAACAGGAUGGGGUCAUCCUCAAACUGUUCCAACAAAGUUGGGAAGCAUGAAAUUGUCCAGAAUUUCUUGGUAUGCUAAAGCAUUAAGAGUUCCUUUCACUGGAACUAAGAGGCUCAGGACAACUCAUAAAAAACAACCCCACACCAAAAUCCCCCCUCUACCAAACUUUACACUUGGCCCAAUGCAGUCAGACAGGUACUGUUCACCUGGUGACCACCAAUCCAUCGGAUUACUGGAUGGACAAUCCUGACUUGUCACUCAAGAGAACACAUCUCCAUUCUCUAGAAUCCAGUGGUGGUGUGCUCUAUACCAUUGGAGCUGAUGCUUUGCAUUGCACUUGGCAGUGUAAGACUAAACAGAAAAAUACAAUUGCCAAUCCACUGCUUAAAUCCCAGACAUGCACAUGAAGGCAAAGCAUUACAAGCAGACAAAAAGUCUGUGUACUUAAAUAAAUCACACAAGACUAAAUAUAGUGAACUACUUGAGCAGAUGUAAUGAUUUUGACCAGGUUCUUUGAAGUAUUAUGGUAGGAACUUUGUCCUUGUAAAGUGACUUUAUUAUUAUUUGAAGACUCUUAACUGCUUCUCUACAAUGAGACCCUUUUUUGUGUUUAAAUUUCUGCAAACAUAUUUUUUUAAAGAAUUUGUUGUAUGGUGAAAAAAAGCUUCUUUUUUUUACCAUUAUGUACUGUAACAUGUAUGAAAUUCAAUAUAUAC